UUUGCAGGGUCUUUCGCUGGAGGUGACAUUCGCUUGAAGGGCCUCGGUUUGUAAAGAGAGUAGCGGCGAUUAAAACUUCACAGGAACGCUAAACAUGGCCCAGGCAGUACAGAAACUAGUGGCUAAAGUACCAACAUUGGUCGGGGCCGCUGUGAACUACUCCAAACCCCGGCUAGCCACAUUCUGGUAUUACGCCCGAGUGGAGCUGGUGCCACCAACCCCUGCUGAGAUUCCCAAGGCCAUCAGCGGUGUCCAAGAUCUCCUCAAGGGCUUUCAGUCAGGACGGCUUGGUCAGACCACAGUCAGGGAUGCUCUAAGGAAUGGACUUGUUGCAACAGAAGUUCUGAUGUGGUUCUACAUCGGGGAGAUCAUUGGAAAGGGAGGCCUUAUAGGCUAUGAUGUAUAAACGUGGACUGUCCUUUUUUGUUUGUUCUCUGCUGAGCUUUGUCUAUUCCCUUCAUUGUCAUAAUUCUUGGAAUCCAGGAACUAAAUAAAUGGAAAUUAUUAAAGAAACAA